AUGAAGGAGAAUAUGACGGUGAGGGGCAAGCGAUCUGAAGAGAAAAAAUCGUCGACUCGCAAUGAAACGGAGCAGAAGGCUGUGCGGCGUUGUUAUCUGUGUGGGGACUGGAAACAUUUGGCUGCAGACAGUCCUAUGAAGAGUAAAGGCACUAAGUGUUUCAAAUUUCAAGAAUAUGGACAUGUUGCUCCAAAUUGCAGUAAGUCAAGUAAGUCGUCGGAGGAUACAUGUAGCGCAUCGUAUUUGUCACAAAGAAAUCGUUGCAAAGAAGUGGAGAUAGCACAUUCUAAGUUAAUUGCUUUGAAUGAUACAGGUAGUGAUUUGUCCUUAAUGAGAGCUGAUCAAUAUAUUCAGAUAGGAGCACCAAAAUUAAAUAAUAGAAUUUUAAAAUUUCGUGGUUUCGGCUCUGAA